AUGCUCCAGACGUUCAGGUUGAGGACCAGACAAUGUCCCGACUAUUACUCGCUCCACUGCCACAAGGAUGACUGCAAUCUCAAGGAAUGCCGGUUCCACGGCCACUGCUGGGAUGGCCACCUCCCCAAGAGCUCCAAGCUCGCAGCCUCGCACGUCCCGGUCGGGUUGACGGUGCAGCAUCUGUUGGUCAGGGACAUCAUUCACUCCGAAGACCAGACAGAGACGCUGAGGCAGCUGCACGAACAGAAUGCCGCCACGCGAUGGUUCAACAUCCGCCAUCGCAACUCCCAACCAGUUCUGUACGUCUACGAUCGAUUUGGUCCCCUGUGUGAACCGAUGGGCGCCGAUCCGACAACAUCUUCAACUGCAGCGACGUUUCCCACCUUUGUCUCCUUCAUCGGCAAGUCCGGGGUGGGCAAGUCCACGUUGGUAAGGGCGAUGCUCUUGUUGGGGAAUCUCAACGUCCAACAGGUCCAAGAUGACGACAUUUACAACCUCUCCACGAACCAAAGCCGGGUGGACACCAUCAUGGCUGCCAUAUCUUCGCAGCAGGAGAUGCCAGUCACCCGGUCGGGCCACGUCGACCACGCCGCAGACCCAACUACGCUGGGCGUCCAUCUCUACAAGGACGAAAAGGGCUCGAGCUCGAACUCCGGCUCAUCCACGGACGCCACUGAUGGCUUCACCUUGUUUGCCGACUGCGAGGGGUUCUUUGCUGGGGCGGCCCAGACAAAUGCCGAACGAUUCACCGCAGAUCAAGGCACCAGGGCCAGAACGACCAUGCCGACGACCACCAAUAAUAACAACCAUAAUAUCGCCAACGAAGACGCCACGGAGGCCAAUGUCCUGUACAAGGCGCCCGUGACGGCGGCCAGCUACGCGCGGCACGGCCAGCAAGGGGCCGAACUGUUCUACGCACGAUUCCUCUACGCCGUCAGCGACGUCGUCGUCUUCGUCACCAACGAGGACCAAAACAUCACGCUGCUGCUCGUCAACGCACUCGAGUGGGCCGCCACCGCCGUCAUGCACUCGGUCAACUACCCGUCGCGCAAGACGCUUAUAAUCGUCCGCAACGGCGCCCUCGGUCACAGCCGCCAGUUCGUGGACAACGAACUGCUGGAGCGGCUCUACUUGGACCGCCAGGCCUUUCUGUGGAAGUCCUCGUCCAUCCUGCAGGACUUUGUCGAUGACUACAACAGCCGGCAAGACGGCUUCAGCAAGCACAUUUACCGGAACCGCGACCUCUACGACGCCCUGUACGACAAGAUCAUUUGCUGCUGCAUCCCCCACGUCAACGACAUUGAUGAACGCGGCGACGAAACCAUGUUCUCGCAAUACCUGAAGCUGCGGACCCAGAUCGACGAGGCCUCGCAGCGAGCGAUCAGCAUGCGUUCCAAGGGCUGGAUGAAGUACAACGUCUCGUCCCUCUCGCAGAUCCUCUUUUCGGCCUUUGAACACUUUCGCACCAAUGACGGGGCCUUCAAUUUCAACGAAGUCGCCCGCAUCAGCAAGCCCAAUCCGCAGUCGUUCUCCGAUCACGUCGCCAAUUUCUUGCGGCUGGCACUCGAGUCUUCACCAUCGGGCACGGCGCAGGCAAUGAUACCUGAUAUUAUCGCGCUGAGUUUUGUUGUUUGGGCUAUGAGGAGUCUCAUCCAUGUGGUGGACCCAGCACACCUCUUCGACCGCUUUAGCGACAGUGACAAGGAAGAAUUCUCCCUGGCACAACACUGUCACAGCGCCCUGCAAGAGUACCAAGAAAAGUACCAGCAAUGCGGGUACAAGUUCUCAGAGAACGAUUUUUGCACCAACGGCCCGGGCACUGCCCACCAACGGCUCCAUCUGUCGACAUCCAAAAAGAGAGCGGACGGGGAAUUCACGCCGAGAUAUCAAUUGGACACCCACUUGGUGAGCGCGAUUCGAGCUCGAUUCUUGGUCCACUAUGAAAGCGUGGUGAGUGAGGAUGGGACCGGGCACCGGUCGAUGACGAAGCCCGCGCCAGGCAAGAUCAGGAGAGUUCGACAGGCCGUCAUGCAAAAGCACAAUGGGCAAUGGACCCGGAUGACCAGCAACAUCACCUGUCUGGCUUGCCUGCAGGCGGUGCCCGAGAAUGUCCUGCACUGUGGCCACGGAUACUGCGUCCAAUGUGUCCGCGAGCUGGGACGGCCGUCGGAGAGCUUCGAAUCGGCGUGGACAUUCGAGGUCUGUCCACUCUGCAGUGCGCGGAUGGGCGACAACUAUUCCCAUUUGAUCAGAGAACGGCCGCGGUGCGCCGGCGUGCGCAUUCUGACCCUGGACGGCGGCGGCAUUAGGGGCAUCAUCGAACUUGCCAUUAUCCAGGAGAUGGAGAAGAGGCUGGGCCUGCCGAUUCCCUUCCGCGACUAUUUCGAUCUUGUCGUCGGAACCAGCACCGGUGGAAUCAUCGCACUGGCACUGACAAUGGGAGACCGAGACGCCAACACCCAGACCAGCCUGAUGACGGAGGCUUUCAAGUCGUUUGCGUCCUCGACCUUUGCCUACCCGCGAGCGGGCAGCCUCCUGACGAAGAUCGGCCUGGGCCACUUUGUCACGAGCGUGGUCAUGUCCUUCGGCCUGUACCAGGCCCUAUUUGACUCGACGCCGCUGGAGACCGGGCUCAAGAAGUUCUUCGGCACGCAGACCAGUCUCUUCGGGUCCGCGCGCACUCGCCAUCAUCAGUGCUCGACCCGCGUCGCCGUGGUUGCGACCAAAGAAUUCGGGAAGCGAGCACACCUGAUCACAAGCUACAACCGACCGAAUCUGGGACCGGGCAGUGACUUUGAGCGCGAAGACGACGAGAGCAAAGGGAUGCGGAUCUGGGAAGCCGGGCUGGCCACGGCGGCCGCGCCGUUCUAUCUGGCCCCGUUCAAGAAGGCUGAGACGGGGACCCUGUACUUUGACGGGGCGUUGCACAUGAACUGCCCGGGGCCCGGGGCCGUCGAGGAGAUCAGGAAGCUGUGGCCGGAGCCGCACAGUCCGUCGCUCGACGUGCUCGUCUCGAUCGGCACAGGCAUCCAGGAGUCCGAGGUCAAGAUCCCGCGGGCGAUCCGCAUCGGCGGCUUCGAGGAGAUCUGCCGCACGUUCCACAGCAAGCUGGACUCGGAGAACCAGUGGCAGGAGUUCAUCGCGAGCGGCGCGACCGACGGCAUCCGCGACCGCCUGCACCGCCUCAACCCACCCAUCGACGAGCACCUGCAGAAGGUGACGCUGUGGCAGUGGAACAAGAUGGCCAAGCUGGAGGACAUGGUGCAGCGACAGAUGCGCGAGCCCGAGUGGCGCGCCCGGCUCGACAACGCCGCCAACGCCCUGCGGGCCAGUCUGUUCUACUUUGAGCCGGACGGCGAUGCGACUUCCUCGUCGUCGUCGACAAACAACCUCACACCCACGGGCACACGGCACGUCAACAAUAAUCAUCACAACAACAAUCACAACAACAUCAACCCCGAAAUCCAAGGCACGAUCCGCUCGCGCCUCCGGCACGGCAGCGCCGAGCUCGCGGGCCUUCUCACCCGCGUCACGGGCUUCUUCUACACCACACUGUCCAUGUCGCGCGCCAGCCCGUGGUCGCUGCUGCAGCACGACCCGUGGACCGAGAUCGCGGCCUUCACCGCCGUCAAGGACGCCGUCGUCCAGUCGGGCCAGCGGUUCCGCGUCCCCGUCCGCCUCGACGAGCCGUCCGAGACGAAGCUGUUGGUCCUGGCCGUGCGUCUGCACGACUGCUCCGCCCCGCUGCCCAUCAGCGGCUUCCCGACCCUGCUGCACGAGUUGCAUCGCAAGGCCAGGUCGUGGGAUUAG